AAGUUGAUCUACAUUAUCCACUUCCGGACAAAAUUUUCGGCCUUCACCCUAUUUUUGCACAAUUUUCAAACAAACUCAAUGCAUCAGUCUUUUUGUAUGUUCGCCUAAUUGAUCGCUAGGAAAAUGUCAACAAAAUCAAUCAGUAUCGAAUCUCCGGGAGGACAACAGCAAGUUAUAAAAGUCGAAAUACUCCCUCGACCAAACGACUCCACAGAACAGAUUUCUUCAGAAGAAAAUCAAGCUAAAAUCGUCUUAAAACCAGUAUCAUCGAGUGAUACACGUUAUGUAGCUGUUCCGUCCAAGCCCAAAGUGUAUGUAAUAUCAGAAGAUAACUCAAGUUCUACCUUACAGAGAGUCGACGAUUUGCCUGAAGAUGGCGCCAACUACGAAGUACAAACUGAUGAUAUGCAGGUGGGAUUAUAUCAGGAGGCAACUGAGAAUUAUGGAAUAGAAGGUGCCUGCUGUGCUGUAUGUGGAGACAAGGGAACUGGUUUUCACUACUCUGUAUUCAGUUGCGAAGGUUGCAAAGGAUUUUUUAAGAGAAGCGUUCAAAAAAACUUAACUUACACUUGUCGAGAAAAUUGCUGCUGUGUCAUCAACAAGGCAACGAGAAACAAUUGUCAGUAUUGUCGAUUCACGAAAUGUCUUCAAGUUGGAAUGAAAAAAGAUUCUGUUAGAGAGGAUAGAACCCCUGGAGGACGUCAUCGACAUAAAAGAAUAGGCACUGAACUUGUCUAUAAAUCUCCGGAAAAAGUGCAAAAAACUGAGACCUCAGUGACAGAGGAAGAAGCGCUUGUGAAACAAAUAACUCAGAUAGGAGCUGCUAAUAUGCCUGAAUUAACCAUUGGCCCCAUCGAAAAAGUUGAAGAUAUUCCAGUUAAAGAACUUAUGUCUGUAUCCGAUCAGGAAUUACGAUUAAUUAUAGAUUGGGCCAGACUUGUUCCCGGUUUCCAACAUCUACAAAAUGAGGACCAGAUAAGCCUUGUAAAAUCAUCAUUUGUCGAGUUGCUUGUAUUCAGGAUGGCUUAUAGAUCAAUAGACACUGAUAAUACGGUGUUAUUGGCGAGGAAUGUUUUAGUUGAAAAGCAAGCUGCAUCAGCAUUGACGUGGGGUCGUGAAAUAAUGGAAUGUACUCUGGAUAUUAUCUUAAGAUUACAAGCAUUGGAUUUUUAUAUUGAUUCUACAGAGUUUUGCAUUUUAUGUGCAAUCAUAUUACUUUUUCCCGAUGCUGAAGGAAUUAAUGACAGAAUAGCCGUAUCGAAUAUGCAAACGCGUUAUUUAGAAUUGUUACAAUUCUUUGACAAUGAAUGUUACCCAAAUGAACCUUUACGUUGCACCAAGCUAUUGUUAAAACUACCUAUAGUUAGAUCACAGUCAUCUCGAGCCGCUUGCAAAUUCUUAUCGUCAUCAAUCGAACAACAAGGCGCAAUUUCAGUGAAUGUAACAAUUCUAGAGCAGUUAAUGUCUUAG